UCAGGCCAAAAGUAUGAAUGAUUCUGGGAUAGCAUUAGUAAGGCUGGCAAACUGUUUAGGGUGACAGGGGAAAAAAUCUAAUUUAACAAAAAUCAUUAUAUGCUAGCAAAAAUCCAUUCUUCCAUUCUUUAUUUUUUAAAAAAGAAAUCCCAGUUCUACAAAGAAUGGAUGGACAGAAAUAUCUGAUCUGUUUUAGAUCUCUUCGAUAAUAAUAAUACCAAGCUUUCUUGAGACAACAAACCGACGUCAUUUUCUCCAGCCAAUCAGCUGUAGCUCGAGCCAAAACACGGAAGUGAUAGAGACAGUAGUGAAGGUGGAGAACUUUUCAUCGUUAUCAAGAGAUCCCUUGAGUACGGACAUUGUAGCCUAAAUACUAUGUCGUUAAUGUAUUAAUAAAAGAAAAAAAUCGACAAACAUUGAAACGUCAGUCCUCUUCGUUUGUCUUCAUGGCUUCCUCUUGGUUUCGCUUUUGGUUGUCGUUGGGCUUUGCAUUUUUAUCCAUUACCAUUGCCGUCAUCGGACAAAACUUGGUGACCCCGCCAUGGGUCGGGAUGCCUCAUCUCCUUUCGGCCGCGUUUGGCGUCUUCUCCGUGGCAGGAAUGGCUCUCAUCUGGAGGGACAUACACUCGAAGGUGAAAGGAGAAAACCGGACGCUAAACAGUCUGUUGAGCCAGUAUUUCGCGGUGAAAGUCGUCGGCUGGCUGGGCAGAAGGCAAAGGGCAAAACUCGAGGCGGACACGCUGAACGUCAAACAAGUUCAGGAGGAGACUCUGCUGAGGCGCGUGCAUAAAACAGCAGAUACGUGUUAUGGAAAACGGUUUGGUUUCAGCUCAAUCACAGACAGUGAGGCCUUUCGGAUACGGCACCCCAUCACCACAUAUGAGCACUACCGUGAGCUUAUCCAGCGUAUCGCAGUAGGAGAGGAGAAGGUGAUCAUUGCUGGGAAGCCCCUGAUCCUGGCCAUGACCUCCGGGACAUCGGGGGCUAGUGCCAUGCUGCUCAGCACCAAGGACACCAAUACUGAGUUCUUUCUACAGGGGGUGGCUGUGUGUCUCGAUGCCAUGUGGCGGGCGUUCCCCGAGACCAAGAGUCUCCAGCGCACCACCAAGUUCUUCUACACACCCACUUUUCGCCAGUCAGAGGCUGGCAUUCCUAUUGGGCCAAACUCCUCCACACCGGCCUCCUCCCGCCAUAUGCUCAACCUCUACACCACCCCAGCGCCUGCCUUCGAGGUCCCUAGUGAGAAAGACACCCUCUACCUACAUCUUCUCUUUGCUUUAAAAGACCCCAGUGUGGGAACACUCGAGUCCAACUUUGCCUCCACCAUCUUCUAUGCCUUCAUUGCCUUACAGGAGCGCUGGCAGGAGCUGGUGGAGGAUAUUGAGUUAGGGAAAAUCAGUAGCUCCCUGACCCUGGAACCUAAAGUGAGGGCCAAGCUGGAGGGUUUGAUGAACCCUGAACCGGGGAGGGCCGCCGAGCUGCAGGCCCACUUUCAGGAGGGCUUCAGAGGAAUUGCUAAGCGCCUAUGGCCUCAACUCAACCUAGCGCUAGCUGUGGACUCUGGUUCCAAUGAGAUCUAUGGGGAGAUGCUGAGGGAGCACUAUUGCCAAGGAGUGCCUUUUUACUCUCCUUUCUAUGCUGCCACUGAAGGUCUGAUUGGGGUAAACCUAUGGCCGAAGGAGCUCUCCAGGCGGUACCUGCUGUGUCCACGCUCCAUGUUCUGUGAAUUCCUCCCUGAGACAAGCCUAGAUGAGGAGCUGCCACACACUCUGCUGAUGGGGGAGGUGCAGGAGGCACAAAACUAUGAGCUGGUCAUCACCAACGCAUCAGGACUCUUCAGAUACAGAAUUGGAGAUAUCGUGAAGGUGGUUGGAUUUCACAACCAGUGUCCAAUAGUAGAAUUUCAAUACAGACGUGGUCAGAUGCUGAAUGUUCGAGGGGAGAAAAUAUCUGAAAUAUUAUUCCUGGGGGCUCUGAAGAAAGCUGUUGCCCAGUGGCCUGGAGCCCAGCUAAUUGACUACUGCUGUGCUGAGAGUGGCCUCAUGGGCGAUUCGAUAGGAGGCUCUGAUCCUCACUAUCAGGUGUUUUUGGAGCUGAAAGGAGUGAGGAACCUCACAGAAGAACAACGGUAUAGGUUGGACCAAUGUCUGCAGCAGAACUCUGCUGUCUACAAGUCGUUUCGUAUCAAAGGUAGCAUAGGACCCAUGAGGGUACAGCUGGUGGCGGAGGAUGCGUUCAAAGAACUUCGCAAGCAGAUGAUGACUUUCUCCAACACUUCACCCAAUACCUUCAAAAUGCACCGCGUGUUGCGCAGGAAAGAAUUUGCUGACUUCCUCAUAGGAAAGACCAUUUCCUGAACGGCUGAUGAAAUGCGUUGUGGGUAAGAUGACCAUGCUUGCAGUUGCUGUGUAAGCACCGACUGGAUACCAUGGAAUAAUCUUAAAGUACCCUCAUUCUCCAACAAGGCGCUCGUGGAUUAAAGAUUUAUCCAUUUGGGCACAGUGUUUUGGACAUGAAACCGUGAAGUUGCAUCAGUAUUUUUGACAAAUGUAUGAUAAAACUCUACUGUAUACUAUGAACAGGGAAGAAUAUAAGGCACCAGCAGAUAUUUGAUGGAGUGUAGAUAGAUCACUGCAUGGAUUUCUGGUGCAGCUAUUUCAACUGCUGCAUUGGAAAUACUUGUACCACUAAUUUAUUUGCUAUAGUGCUCAUUUGAUAUAAGAAUUUUGCCCUGCAAAUGUUUUAUUACUUGUUUUGCACAUCUGAAAUAGACUCAAAUAAGAGUGAAAAUGGAAAAACAAUUGAAUCAAGUCAAAAAGGAAAAUUUAAUAUAUUCUGUCUCUUGCUUACAUAGAAUCACAUUGUCUCAGUGAUUAACAGUAAAGAUUAAUGGAUCUCUUGUGUUGUUUGGAGAUCAUUUUGAAGGGAGCAUAUGCAAGUACUUUGGCAAGCCUGGUACAGCACUUCAGCAUCUGGAUGGCUUCUCACCACACGUUUUAACUGUGUCUUACCCAGGAGAUGAACGCCCACCACUAGAGAGUGCUAGUGCUAUACUGUGCACGUUUGACAUGUCAGUGGGACUGUAAAUGCUGGUCGGUCUUCCUCACAAGGCAUAAAAAAAAAUCACACAGCUGUAACUGAUUAUUUACACGUGGAGCUGAAGUGCUGGUCUCUUUUAUGUCGGCUGAACACACAUGAAGCUUGAGGUUAAUAGCAUAACUUUUAUUGCAUGUUAAUGCAGAAACAGUUAAAUUUUAGCUGCUCUCAUCUAACCCAUCUUGACAUCUGUGUGUGAGGACUUCAUAAGUCAACAUGCUUAUCUGUUUUUAUGACAUAUUUUGUAUUAUCUGUACUGUAUCUGUACUGUAUUCAAGUGGAAGACAAAUACAAGGUGCCAAUUA